UUUGUCACCUGUCGGGCCUCGGGCAAGUCCUUCAACCAUGGGAGUCUCACUUCCUCUGCUGUAAGAUGGGGAUCCUAAUAGCCAGGAGGCCGGGGUACGGUUGACACAGGGCCAGCACACAUGUCUGAGGACUCUGCCCCCGGAAGUGGUGGCUGGAGCACACCAUGGAGCUGGCCCUUACUGCCAUCCUGCUCUCCCUCCUCCCCAUGGCCCUCCAGGAGAGCACCCCCGCUCUCCCAGCCAACUUCUCCCCGCCCAAUGCCUUUGCCAUAAGCCUGGAUUCAGUGUGUGGACGCCCACGUGUGUCAGGCCGUAUCAUGUCGGGGCAGAAUGCCAAGCUGGGCCAGUGGCCGUGGCAGGUCAGCCUGAGGGAAUAUGGACAGCACGUGUGUGGGGGUUCCCUGAUCGCUGAGGACUGGGUGCUGACUGCAGCCCACUGCUUCGACCAGAAGCAGCCCCUAUCUGCCUACGUCGUGCUGCUGGGCUCCCUCUCCUCCUACCCCCAGGCUGGGGAGCCCCAGGAGCUCCAAGCCGUGGCCCAGUUCAUCACCCACCCAGAGUACUCAGAGGAGAGCAACAGAGGGGACAUUGCCCUGGUGCAGCUGGCCUCCCCUGUCACCUUCAGUGACCUCAUCCUUCCAGUCUGCCUCCCCAAACCUGGAGACCCCCUGGGUCAAGGCACCUGGUGCUGGGUCACCGGCUGGGGGAAUGUCGACUUGAAUCAACCACUGCCCCCGCCCUUCACCCUGAAGGAGCUGCAGCUGCCCCUCAUUGACGCCCAGACCUGUGACGCCUACUACCACGAGAACUCCAACGUGCCCAUCGAGCUGCCCAUCAUCCUCGAGGAUAUGCUCUGUGCUGGCUUCGAGAGUGGCCAGAAAGAUGCCUGCGGGGGUGACUCCGGGGGCCCGCUGGUUUGCAACCUUGAUGGAGUCUGGACCCAGGCAGGCAUUGUGAGCUGGGGGUCUGCCUGUGGCCUCCCCAAAAAGCCGGGAGUCUACAUCAACGUCAGCAUGUACACCACGUGGAUUGCCAGCACCAUGCAGAGCUCCGACCUAGACAUGGAAAACUCCUCUCCACACCUUGCUGGGCUCUUUGUCCCCACCAUGCUGUUGGUUCUGGGGCUGCUGGGCGACACGCUUGCGUCCCUGGGGCUUGCCUAACCAGGCAGACAGCCCUGCGGACUUGGCUUCUGCAGUGUAAACUGAGGCCUUUUCUCUGCUGUCUGUCAGCGUCUGGCAGGAGACCCCUGCCCAACCCCACCCCCCACCCCGAUGGCUGCCUUCCACCACUCUCCCCAGCCUCCACCCUCUGGGACCUUCUCUGGCCCCUCCCCUCCCCCAUCUCCCCCACUUCAGACCCCACGGCCUUUGGCCCAGCCCCACCUUUCUCGUGUCCCCCAUAGGCCUUAAGCUGCCCUCACCUUCCCUGCCAGCCUGGGAACCCCUGGGGACAGAGCCUGGUUCUCCUGCUCCUCACCCAUCAUCCAAGUCUGAGUCCCAGGGUGCACGCAUGUUCGGGGAUUCCUCUGGGGGCUUGGGGGACUCUUGGAACUGGGGUUUCCAGGCCCCCGUGCUGGGCUGGUGCCUUUGCAGUCCUGUUUUAUCUGAGAGGCAAUAAACACAAGCUGGCUG